UGGUAUCCAUAAAAUCACACCAUAAAUUCCAGCAAACUCUCUCAAUUCUCUCUCCAAAGUCCAAACCAUGGCUCCUGCUCAUUUGACUUCGGGAAGCCAUGGCCGCCUGCCUCACGUAGCUAUCUUCCCGUUCAUGGCGAAAGGCCACACCAUCCCGCUCAUCCAGCUCGCCAACUACCUGCGUCACCACCGGCUCGCCACCGUAACCUUCUUCACCACCCCGGGCAACGCCGCGUUCGUCCGUGGUGGGCUGUCGUCCGGCGACGACGACGACGACGUAGCCGCCGUCGUCGAGCUGGACUUCCCCGUCGACGCGCCGGGCAUCCCGCCGGGCGUCGAGAGCGCCGAGGGGCUCGCGUCCAUGGCGGCGUUCGUCACCUUCACCGACGCCGUGUCGCUGCUGCGGCCGCAGUUCGAGGCGGCCGUCGCCGCCAUGUGGCCUCUGGCGAGCUUCAUCGUCGCCGACGCGUUCCUGUACUGGGUCAACGAGUCGGCGGCCGUGCUCGGCGUCCCCAAGAUGUCCUUCUUCGGCAUCUCGGCGUUCGCGCAGGUGAUGCGUGAGCUGAGAAACCGCCAUGGCCUGUGCGCCGUUAUGGAGCCCGGCGACGUCGACGACGACGGAUACCCAGCGACGCUCGCGGUGCCGGAGUUCCCGCACAUCAGGGUCACGCUUGAGGAUCUCAUGGCGACGUUCGGCGAGCCGUCGGCUGUGAGGAUGAUGAUGGAGCUCGACGGCAAGCUGGGGAAGGCCAUCGAGGAGAGCCAUGGCCUGAUCAUCAACACGUUCCAUGGCUUAGAGGCUCCCUAUAUCAAGUUCUGGAAUGAGCAUGUCGGGCCUAGGGCCUGGCCCAUCGGCCCGCUUUGCCUUGCGCAAUCGGCAUCUGCGACCGCCGAUGCCCGGCCCUCUUGGAUGGAGUGGCUUGACGAGAAGGCGGCUGCCGGCCGGCCCGUGCUGUACAUUGCGCUUGGGACUCUCGCGGCAAUCCCGGAGGUGCAACUCAAGGAAGUUGCCGAUGGGUUGGAGCGGGCUGAUGUGAACUUCAUAUGGGCUGUUAGGCCCAAAAACAUUGACCUUGGGCUAGGGUUCGAGGAGCGUAUCAAGGAUAGAGGCCUAGUUGUAAGGGAGUGGGUGGAUCAACUGGAAAUUUUACAGCAUGAGAGCGUACGAGGGUUUCUCAGUCAUUCUGGAUGGAACUCUGUGCUAGAGAGUGUCACAACUGGUGUACCACUAGCUGUUUGGCCUAUGAUCGCCGAUCAACCCUUCAACGCGAGAUUCUUAGUCGACGAGCUGAACAUUGCGAUUAGGGUUUCACCGAUUGAUAGGACCAUGCGGGGUUUAGUUCCAAGUGAGGAGAUCUCAAAGGUGGUGAAGGAGCUCAUGGAUGGUGAGGCAGGGGCGGAGGCAACGAAGAGAGUUGUGGAGCUGUCGGCAUUGGCUAAGGAAGCUAUGGAUGAAGGGGGACUAUCAUGGAUAGCAGUGAAGGAGAUGAUAACUGAGUUGUGUGCAAUGAAGAAUGAUGUGCAUGAGAAGGAAGAGGCAAAUUAUUGCAAGCAAGAUAUUUAGCACAUUUGUUCUUGAUGGUGUGUGUAACUAAGAGUGUGUUGGAGUAGCCACAGGGGUGGGGUCCUCUGGAAACUGGAGCUGAAGGCAGAAUCAGUUAAAUUUGUGAACUUUUCGUUUGAUCAGGACUGUUUAAUUAAUGCAUUUUACCAAUACUCUUGUAGUGAA